AGAGCGCGGAGCGAAAGCUGAGGACCGGCGGGUAACACGGUACAGACGGAGCCCGCGUCCGCCAUCUACUUCCGGGAUUUAAAACCGGUUUCCGGAAGCCAGGGCGGCGUCCCCAUGACAACCGACGUUGGGUCUUGGAGGCCCUUGUCUUAGCGCAAGGAAAACAGCUCCGAUUUGAGGAACUAGUGCUUCUCCCUCAGUGGUGGGGAGAGAGCCCAGAGCUGUCUUCUGGGGAACUGUGGAAUGUGCCCCUGGGGGGCCCAAUAAAGCAGAAGGAAGAUGCUCCAGACCAGUAACUAUAGCCUGGUGCUCUCCCUGCAGUUCCUGCUGCUGUCCUAUGACCUCUUUGUCAAUUCCUUCUCGGAGCUACUCCGGAUGGCUCCUGUCAUCCAGCUGGUGCUCUUCAUCAUCCAGGAUAUCGCAAUCCUCUUCAACAUCAUCAUCAUUUUCCUCAUGUUCUUCAACACCUUCGUCUUCCAGGCUGGCUUGGUCAACCUCCUCUUCCACAAGUUCAAAGGGACCAUCAUCCUCACAGCUGUAUACUUCGCCCUCAGCAUCUCCCUUCAUGUCUGGGUCAUGAACUUACGCUGGAAGAACUCCAACCGCUUUGUCUGGACAGAUGGACUUCAAACGCUGUUUGUAUUCCAGAGACUAGCGGUGUUUUACUGCUACUUCUACAAACGGACAGCUGUGAGACUGGGCGAUCCUCGCUUCUACCAUGACUCGUUAUGGCUGCGCAAGGAGUUCACACAAGUCCAAAGGUGACCACUUCUUGUCACACUGAUGGAUGGAUGCCUUUCCUUCCUGACAGAGGCUAUGUUUGUGGCUCUGUGGGGUGGGCGUCGGCCCUAUGCAUAGGAAGCACCUUGACUUUCCUAGGACAGUCUCAGGCCACUUGUGUUCAGCAGUCAAGAAGGAGGAUCUUCCCUCUUGCAAAUUAAAGUGUUUCCCAAUACAGGCUUCAGUACAUAACCCUCCCCAGCCUCCACCUCGGUUCUGCCCCUUUUCCUUUCCUGCUCUCUGUCCUUCUUCUCACACAAGGCUGUGCGGCUUGAUCCUUGGGAAGCUGUCACUUAGCCUGGUACAGGAGGGGCUCCUGGCACCUGCUUUCUUUGCACCAAACAUAAUUAAUGGAUGCAAAGAGUGACAUUUCUGAGCUCCUGACUGAUCACACUGUAGACAUUUAGAUUUUAUACCCAAGGUGGGUGUUUUUUACAUUUUAUAAAUAGGAAAUAAAUUGAAUUCUUUUUCUGUAAGUGGUAGAGUCUGUUUGUGUAGCUAGAUCUCUUCGCAGAUAAGAGGCAUAUCAAGUCCUGGCCUUGGCAUUUACUUGACCCAGUGGGCAGCUUGAGCCACAGAACAAAUAAAGAUAUUUAUUGAGUGCCGUUA